AACACCGACUAUGUGUCUGAGAAUCUGAAGUAGAAUGGGAAACCAUUGCAUCUGGGUCAAAGCGAUGUGAUCACUUCGAUAGAGCAAGUUAUCGACCCCGACAGAUUGCUCUGCCCCGCGCACAGAUUCAACAGCUCAAGCACGAUGACGCAUGCAUGACUGAAUUAUGUGGUAGUCUGGUCGCUGUAUACAAAAUGGGGACACCGACUCAGUUUUCCCCCCAACCUCUGUUCGGAACGAUACCCCUGUAUAUUCUACACAAACCACCGUAAUACAUUCAAAAUCAUGUCGUCGCAAAUGGGAAAGGAGGGGACCUUCCAGGCUCCCCAGGCUAAGCAGGCCCAGAGCAAGCCGGGAUUGGAGAAGGAAAUGGCUCCGUCGAGCGAGUCCACCAAGUUGGAAGGCAGCUCAGGCUUCGUCGAAUACACGGGCUCCAACAAGCUCAAGGACAAGAAGGUCCUUAUCACGGGCGGCGACUCCGGCAUCGGUCGGUCGGUCGCCGCGCUGAUGGCCAGAGAAGGUGCCGACAUCACGAUCGUAUAUCUCCCCGAGGAGCAGGAAGACGCGGAGCAUACGAAGAAGUUAGUGGAAAAGGAAGACCGGAGUUGCCUUUUGUUGCCGGGAGACUUGAGGAAGAAUGAAUUCUGCAAGAAGGCCGUGGAGGAACAUGUGAAUCGGUUCAAGCAUAUCAACGUGCUCGUGAACAACGCAUCGAAGCAGUACAUGUGUAAAGACCUGGCCGAGAUCGACCUGGACCAGGUCGAAGACACCUUCCGAGCCAAUAUUCUCCAGAUGUUUGCGAUCACCAAAUACGCCCUUCCACACAUGUCCAAGGGAGACUCGAUCAUCAACAACACCUCUGUGACCACCUUCCGCGGCUCCGGCACGAUGGUCGACUAUGCAUCGACCAAGGGGGCGAUCGUUGGCUUUACCCGAUCCCUCGCCUUGCAGCUGAUGCCGAAGGGAAUCCGGGUCAAUGCGGUCGCACCCGGCUCUGUGUACACCCCCAUUCAGGUCGACACUCGGGAUGCCGAGUCCAUGGAGGGCUGGGCUUCAGGCAAACCUCUGGGCCGACCCGGACAACCGACCGAGGUGGCCACCAGCUUUGUGUUCUUGGCCAGCAAAGAUGCUUCUUUCUACUCUGGACAAGUUCUGCAUUGUUAUCCUCUGGGAGAGUAGAGCCGCCAUCUAUCUCUCUAUUUUAGUUUCUUUUCUUUUUUCGCUCUAAUUUUUCCAUUUUUUUUUCAAUUCGUGUCUCCGCCAU